GGCUGAGUUGGAGGAAGAAGACCAAACACUCUCUUUCAUUUCUCAUUCGGAAGGAUCGGGUGAGGCGAAAGAACUUACAUUCGACAAAAAGUACUUCCGGGCCAAACGAGAGACUAGAUUCACCAAAGAGGUCACGAAUGUUCUGAGUUUAGAGGCGGAGGAAAGAACUCUCGAUCAGCUAAAAGUCGCUCUUCGGGGACUCCAGUCUAUAUCUUCAUUUGCAGAAUAUCCCCUUCACAUUCAAGAGAAGUUAGUCAGGGUCGCAUAUUUUUACAGUAUACCAGAAAAGAAAGUCAUCAUCCGUCAAGGUCAUAUUGCAGAGAACUUUUAUUUCAUUGUCACAGGAGAAGUGUCGGUUGUGAAAACCGAAGCCGACCCGAUCACAAGCGAAGUUAUUUCGACAGAAAUCGGAAGGUUUCGGAAAGGUGACUGUUUCGGUGAGUUGGAACUGUUACACGGUGACCCUCGUCCAUGUUCAAUAACUGCUGAGGAGCCAUGCCAAAUAAUUGCCAUCGAAAAAGAGGAUUUCAUGGAAAUGUUCAUUAGAGAAGGAGAUGCAGGAAAAGAGAUCGAACAUCUAAAAUUUCUCAGAGCGUUACCCUUCUUGAAAGGAUGGCCAGUUCAGAAAUUGAAUGAGCAUCCCCAAAUGUGCCUCGUCCAUUUCUUCAAACGCAGCUCUGUUAUAGUGAGAGACAGCAAUCGGUCUGAGUGGUUGUAUAUCAUAAAAUCGGGUUCCUGCCAAGUAAUCAAACAGUUGAAGGAUACACAAUCGAUGCCUGCACCAAGACGGCCCCACCAAACUAUCAAUCCAACCCCAGAGAAAAGUGCAUUCAACCCAAGAGAUGGACUACAUAUAGGCUCAAAGAUCGACAGUCGUAGACGAAAAACAUUUCUGACGUCAGAGACUUUGUCAAUGUCACUUUUUGAUGACACGGCAUCACCACCACGACGAGUGGAUAAGAAAAGUUCAACAAGUCCGACGGAAGAGGUGAAAGAGAUGGAUCGAGUUGUUUUCGUUCAAGUUGGAAUGCUUCAUGCCAAGGACGUGUUUGGUUUACCGAUGCUAUGUCGGGAAAACGGAAUCAGUGAUGUAGAUCAGCCUAGCUUCAGUCUUGUCAGCCGCGGAGCAGAAUGUAUCAUGUUGAAUAAGAAGUUUUACCUGGACGAGGCAAGCGAGUUUGUCUACCGUCAUCUCAAAGAGAUCGUCCGCCCUUACCCCCUCGGCCAAACCCUCCAAGAGCAUCUCCAACUCCACACCAACUGGUCCAACUACAAGAAACAGGCUGUCUCGGAUGUACUCUCGAAGUCGACAUCAUCGUCGUCUUCGUCAACGUCGGGUUCGUCUUCACAAAACGGCAGUGGUUUGUCGUCGAGGAGGAAUUCGAAUGAUUCGUCGAAUCUUGCUUUUAAGCCGAGAAGAUCUCUUACGCAGAUUGAGAUUAAGAAGGGACUUUCUUCCUAGUUUAACUUCAGUUCUAACGAUGUAAAAAAUAAGUUAAGAUCUACCAUUUGAUUCCUAAUGAUGGAUAUGUAAUACUCGGAUUAAGACGUUCGAAUCGGGAAGAAAAUGUGAUGAUAGCAACACAUUAAUGGGACUGAAAAUGUCAAAUUCCCUGAAUUGGAGUCUCAUGCCAUGCAAUAAUUAAGUAUGAAAAGGUAAACUCACUGGAGACCAAAUAAUUGGUGUCGAAACACUUUCUCCUUUUAUCGGAGCUGAUGGUGAUCUAUAGAUCCCUUUCUUUCUCAUUCGAUCCGGUAGAACAGACGUGAAUUUGGAUUACGAUUGCUUACUAUAGUCUACAAAGCCAUCACCACCAUCACUGCCACCACCACAUUCGCCAUCUUCAUAAUAAUCAUCGGCAUCACCACCACCACUAUCACUACCACCACUUUUACCAAGGACAGGCCACCACCAACAUCAUCAUUACUACCACCACCGCCACACCAACGCCACCACCACCACCGUCAUCAUCAUCAUCGUCAUCAUCAUAAUCAUCAUCACCAUCGUCAUCAUCAUCAUUAUCAUCAUCAUAUUAACAGAAUAAUUUCAUUAAAAGUGGAUAACAGCUAAUUUUGGGAAUUUUAUACUUCACAAUGAUUACAAAAAAUAGACCAUCUCUCAUAUGAUGUUCAACAUUUUUGUUCAAAUUCAUCAGUUCUAUUUAAGUUCUAUCUUUUUGUACUUUUCAUCAAAAAUUUAUUCGCCGGCAUUGUAUUUGCGGUCAGCGCAUAGUUUCUUAUACAUGACUUGUAUACCCUUUCAAUUAAUUGAAAAUCGAAGAGUUGUGAGCCUCGAUGAUAAAACUAUUUUUAAAUACUGUGUAUGAAAUCGAUCGUAUGACCCGGUAUACAUUCUCAGAUCGUAAUUGAUAUCGAUGAGAGGGCAAGGAUGAUUAAUUCCAGUAGUUGCGAAACGUUGUCGCGAGAAUAAUGACGAAUCACACAUGAUUAUAUUGAAUGGUAUAUACUGAUUAAAUGUAUUUUACUUCUUCGAAUUUUCUAUA